AUGCCUUCUCUGGUUGCAUUCGGACGUCGUUGGAAUAUCGCUAGUGACGAUUUCGUAUUUCCAGCCCUUACAGAAGCUUUUAUUCGUUUUUUAUGGUUCGUGCUUUUGGUGGUGUCAGCAUUAGCGCUAGUCGUGGUGCACAAUCCACUGAACUGUGCAUCAACCGACUUUCUAGCGUAUUUAUGUAUAUUGUUCGCGUUGAAUAUAAUCACCCUUAUUUGGUGUAUAACGUUGGCAUAUCAUAGCUCGAAAGGAUCCAUUUUAGACCCGUAUCCACGACAUCUCGUUCCAACUCUCUUGUAUUUUAGACUCCCUUUGUUCUUCGUCGAAUUCAUUUGUAUCGUCAUUUCUACGCUUCUCGCUUUUGGUCGGUUCACUAGGAUUACUUUUUCUUUUUCAUUUCUUUGA